AACACUGGCAGCAAAAGGCUCCCUGUGUCCAACAGGAAAAAGGGUGGCAUUUCUGCAUCCAGACUAAAUCCAAAUGGUGUGUUGUUACCAAUAGCAGGUCACAGCUGAGUCCUGCAGACAGCAGCUUUUCCAAGUAUGGCUCAUUUGGAAGGGUCCCUGCCCAGGGGUCUCAGGUAUUGCAGUGUGAGGCCAGCUUUGGACAAGGUUUCAUGUUCCACUGUCAUGUCCACAGUUAAUCCCUGCUGCAGGAGCUCUUUUGUUGUGUACCCUGCCUGGAUCGCUGAGCAUCUCACCCCCCAGAGGUGCCAAUGGAUCAGCCACUGCCUCCCCUCCCCUGGCCCAGCAUGGAAGAGCCUUGGGGAAUCAGGAGGGACAGACAGCAACGUGCCUGUGCUGGCUAGAGGGGAGCAAGAUGGAUUUUAUUACCCUGGUGCAGUAAAAGAGGAGAUAGAGAGUGAAAGAGGCAUGUUCCUGGUAGAGUUUGCCAAACCACUUGUGUCACGUGGAAGGCAUCCAGUGUGUGUGCAAAAAACAGCACAGGGUGACAUCCUGGAAUAUGUGAAUGGGAUGAAGCACUCCUUGCUCCCUGGAGACAGAGUGCUGGCACCCUGGGAGCCAGAUAGGGCCAGGUAUGGCCCAGGAACUGUCCUCAGAGGCAUUGAGACAAGGGAUCCCUUACGAGCCUCAGAAGAUGAGGAAAUUACAGUCCAGUUCUGGAAUGACAAGCAAGUGAAAGUCCCCCGUGGUGUGGCUCUGUGGAUCCCUCCCAGCCUGUGGGAGAGGAUUGUGGAGAUGAUGAACAUGCCCUUCACCAGCAGGGUGAAGCCCAGACCAAGCCAGGACUCUGACUCUUGCAUUUUUCCCUGCAGUCCUAAAGCAGCCCUGAUUCCUGUUUGUGCUCUGUGUAGCCUUGCCAAGCACUGCUUGCUCUGCUCUCCCUGCUGGCCACAUUUCUGCCACCACUGUGCUGGUGGAAUCUGCUGCUCACCAGCCUGGGCAAGGUGCAUGUGCUGCUGCCAUCCCUGUGCUGCUGCCUGGUGGCCUCUUCCCUCCAGGUCUCUGGUCUUUCAGGACAAAGCUGAAGAGGCAGAGUCCAGCAGUGAGCCCUCUCCAGGCCUUCUAGAACUGAAAGGCACAAAACAAGGAGAAGCUGCAGCUGUGGCAACGUCUUCUUCCUCUUCUGGUUCAGAGAGGGACCUGAAGCCAUCCCCCACUAAGGGUACUGUGGGGGACAGUGCUGUUAACACAGGCUCCACCUGUCUUGAAAAGCCCAGGCUGAGGAAUUCUGCAAGACCUGAAGGGGAAUACUGGAAGGGAAGCCACCACAAAUCCCAUUCCAGUAAUUCAGGACCUGGAAGUUGUACAAAGGGCCAGCUGGAAUCCAAAGCCAUCUCCACUGGGGACAUGCCCAGUGUGGCCCCAGCUCAGCAGAGUGCAAUGUUUGAAACCACCGAGCAGACUCCCAGAGGGCAACUCACACUGAAAACAAUCCUAAGAGACCAAGAUUUCAAGCCAUCAUUGAGGGAAGGCUUUGCAGCAUCAGAACAAAGAUACAAAGCAGCAUCUGAUGAUAAAUGUGAAGGCACUUGUGUUGGAGAUGACAAACCUGAUGUUACAGACCCUGUCAGAGCUCACUUGCAGCAAAGCAGAGAGACACAUCAUCAACCAGAAUUCAGUACAUGUACAACUGAUCAAGUUCAGGGGCUGAAAUUUCAGCGAUGACUGAAGCAGUACCCUCUUGGCUGAUGCAUAAAUGUGGAAGUCAUCCAUUGCUUGUUCCAAUUUUAAUACUCUUAACAGGGCCCAAGAUAGACCCAAAGAAUAAUUUAGGUUGGAAGACACCCUUAGGAUCACAGAGUCCAACUGCAAACCUAGCACUGCCAAGUCACUGGUAAGGAUGAGCCUCACUACACUGUUUUGUCUUGUGUAAAAUCUAUUCUGCCCCAGUUGUUCUAGGAUUAACUGCUUACUGUGUGUGUAGUGUUUUGAAAUUAUAAAGGAGUUGCUUAAGAGCUAAUUGCUUGGUGUGCUGGAGUACUGUUUUCUCUAAUUUAAUUGCAGACUUGGGCUCUGUAUUAGCCCUGCAGGCAGUGAGCUCCCUGCUGAGUUGGGAUUACAGAUCCCUAGGGGCACAAACUGAAUGGAAUCCUCAGAGUUCAGUGCAGGAGCUGGGCUGCAGGGCUGUGCUCACAGUGGGGGCUGGCAGAGGGUGGCUCCAGUCUGCCCCUGUCACCCAGCAGAGCAGGGACACCUGCCAGCCAGAGCACAGUGGAGCUGAGCACCUGCACACCAAACCUCUCCAUUUCUGCUCAGCACACACAGAGAGCUGAGCCCACGCUCCAUCCCAAAUCUAGUUUGGCCUGGUUUUGUCUGGCAUAGAGCAAGUUUUCCUCCUAGCAGUUGGCAGAGUGCUGUGUUUUGGAGUUAGCAGAGUACAGUGUUGAUAACAAAGUGGUGUUUUGGUUAUUGCUGAGCAGUGCUCACCCUAAGCCAAGGGCUGCUCUCAUGCUCUGCCAGUGGGGAGCUGCACAAAAAGCUGGGAGGCAGCUGGGCUGUGACAGCUGAGCCAAGCUAGCCAAAAGGAAAUUCCAUACCAUAGAAUGUCAUGUAUAUAAACAGGGAGAGCUGUCUGACUGCUGCCUGGGCACUGGUCAGUGAGUGGUGAUCAACUCUAUUGUGCACUACUUGUUCUUCCUGGGGUUUAUUUCCCUCUCCCCUUUUCAUCAAUUAUUAUUGUCAUUACCAUUGGUAUUAUCAUAUUUUACUUUGUUUCAAUGAAUAAACUGUUCUUAUCUCAACCCACGAGUUUUGUU